AUGGGAAAUAACUCCAUUUGUAAACACGUGCGGAAGGUCAUGAUGAAGACUAGUUAGUUUCUAAGACAGAGGUGUUUGAACUGUUUACACACAAAAUUAACAACAAUGGUUGAAGUCCUGAAGUCGACAUUUGAAGAUUAUCUUCCACUGAUCGAACGCAGCAUAAAAAGUGCUGACUUCGUUGCUAUUGAUACUGAGUUUACAGGACUUGAAAAGAGUGCCAAAGAAAGAACCAAUCUGUUCGAUACGACAGAGGAGAGAUACCAGAAACUGAAGAGUUCCAUGUCCGAGUUCACAAUAACACAAAUAGGGUUGUCAGCAUACAAAAAGAGUGACAAGAAUAGUUAUACUGCCACAAGUUUCAAUUUCUUCCUGUACCCACCAAUCUUUGGGCCUUUGGAUACUCGUUUCCUCGUUCAGGCAUCCAGUUUCCAAUUCCUCUGCAAAUAUGAUUUUGACUUCAAUAAGUUUGUAUAUGAGGGGAUCCCUUACCUGAACAAACCUCAGAUAUUGACAGUAGAAAAGUAUCUCCACUCCAAAGCUAUGUUUCAAGGGAAGAACAGAUCCAAUGAUGUUGACGAAGACACGCUACAAGCAUUGUGUUCCCGGGUGGCUGAAUGGCUGGUGAAAACAGAAGAAGAUCAAAGUGCAAUACUGGAGGUGGCUGAUGAGGAAAUCCCAGAACUCAGGCAUGUGAAAUCGUUUAUACUGCGGACAGAACUCAAGCAAAGAUUUAAGAAUAUAUGGAUUAACGUAUUAGAUAAUGAGCAGAGGGUAGUACAGAUAUCAAAACUGAAUGAGACGGAUAAAAAAGGUGACAAUAUUACUACUGACACUAAAGAGGAUAGGGAACGAUUAUUAGAAAAUUUGAAAGGAUUUACCAGAGUGAUUAAGAUGUUGAAAGGAGGUGUUCCAAUUGUUGGACAUAACAUGCUGCUGGAUCUGCUGCUUAUGUAUGACAAGUUCCAUAAACCAUUACCAGAUACCUGUGAAGAAUUCAAGAAAAAUAUACAGAAAAUGUUCCCAUGUGUUUAUGAUACUAAACACAUGUGUAACACCAACAGACAUCUUUUCAGAGAUUCAGGACUGCUAGAAAACUCAUCUUUGGGGAUGUUGUACAAGAAUCUAUCAAG